CCCAGAAUAAUAAUCAAACAUACUGCUCAGUGGCACACAGAACAAGGACUCAGUACAGAUGCACUAACCAUGAUUGAAAGGCAUGGUAUAAAAUAUAGAGAGUAUUAAUAUUAACUGAAUACAGAAAAUUUGACUUUUUAUUUUAUUUAAUGGAACCUGAAUUAUUUGCCAACAAGUCUGAUGAUGUUUUUGAGGACAAACAUUUCUGUAAUCAAUCAGCGCGUAUGAGCGCACUCACCACCAGCACGUAUUUGUUAUGUAUUUUUAUUGGCUCUUUAUCAGUUCUUAUAAUGUGUGGAAACCUUCUUUUAAUAACCUCUAUCGUUUACUUCAAACAGCUCCACACUCCUACAAACUACCUCAUCCUCUCUCUUGCAGUAGCUGACCUGCUUGUUGGAGUCUUAGUUUUGCCUUUUAGCGCGGUACUGGCUGUGAGCUCUUGUGGGUAUGUUGAAGAUUUACUCUGCAAGAUACGAGGCAGCUUUGAUGUUUUUCUGUCCACAUCUUCUAUUUUAAACUUGUGCUUUAUUUCUGUUGACAGAUAUUAUGCAGUGUGUCAGCCUCUGAGGUACAGAACUAAAAUAAAUGUCCGUGUUAUUGUGAUCAUGAUCCUUGUGAGCUGGACUGCUCCAGCUCUAAAUGGAAUUAGCAUGACAUUUUUGGGAGUGAACAAAGGACAAUCUAACAGGUGUGUUUUAUUUCAGAAUUUAAGUUCAGCAAUUAUGGCAAUUGUUUUUGGGUUUUAUUUCCCAGCUAUUGUAAUGGUCACUAUCUACUUAAAGAUUCUGAUGGUGGCACAGAGACAGGCACACAGCAUCCACAACACAACCUGUCAGAGCACAAAGUCUGAAAUUAAGAAGGAGAGAAAGGCCACCAAAACUCUGGCUAUUGUAAUGGGAGUUUUUCUUAUGUGUUGGACUCCUUACUUUCUUUGUAUGACCUUUAACCCUUUGAGUAAUUACACAAUACCUGUUGCUGUGAUUGCAGCAUUUAAGUGGCUUGGAUGGUCAAAUUCAAUGCUCAAUCCAUUGGUCUAUGCUUUCUUUUACAGCUGGUUUCGAUCAGCUUUCAGAAUAAUAAUUUCUGGGAAAAUAUUUCAGGGGGAUUUUACGCAUUCUAAGCUCUUUUGACUCAUUAUUUGAAGCAUGGAAAUAUCAGUAACAUCCUCCUUAGUUUGGUACAUACCAUCUCUUUUGCACUGCAUGUCAUAUAUAUAGGCCUUCUUAGAAAAAGGUCACUGUACUAUCCAUAAAGUAUGUAUAUAACUUGUAAAAAAUCUAAAGUGUAUAUAUUUAGUUAUUGAUGCUGCAUCUGUUGAGUUCAUGAGUAUGUCAUUGAAUUUUUGUCUUUGUGAACAAAGCUUUAAACAGUAAGGAAUUAAUGAAUGGUGAAAUCAUCUUUCUCUUAGAUUAGUUUUCAGUUUCAUUCAAUCAGUCUAAAUAUUAAAUAAACUGGGUAAGCAGGGUAGCUGUAAAGUACUGAAUAAGACUUUUUCAUUUACAGAUUCUAAGAUUCAAAUCAAUUUACGUAGCAAAUUUAAGUUGUACAUUUUCCACAACACUAUGAAGCUAACAGUUUCACCAAACAAUAGCUAAUUUAAAAAGUGUCUGAGCAUUGUCUCUGUGUAUCCUGUUAAUGUAUUCAUGCAAUAAUAAUAAUAAUAAUAAUAAUUAUUAUUAUUAUUAUUAUUAACUAUUUACUGUGUCCACAGUAUGAACUGUAUAAUUUAAAAUGGACAUAGUCUCUGUGACAUCACCCAUAGGUUCCUGAAGCUCAAUGUGGUCGGCUGUGGCCAUCUUGGCAGUCUUUUCUCUGCCUAAUCCAAAAUUGUGUGUGUGGGAGUGUUUUUAUUUUUUUCAGUUUUCUAGCCAUGUUGCCUACUUGCAAGAAACAUGAACUUGGAAAUGUUGAGUUUUAUGUUAGAAAUAUAAAAUAUGGGUCCUCAACAUAUAGAAACUGCCGGAUGCUAACUUGCAAAUGUUGGGCAAUUAGCAUCAUUAGCAUUAGCACAUAAACACCUAUAUAGACACAAUUUUACAUAUGGUUUAUCAUUUAAUUAAGUUGAUCAAAUAAUUAACACAUCAACAGUUAAUGUAACUACCAACAGGUACUCUAUGUAGUGACCCUUCUCGCCAGCUUAAAUCCUUAGAACAGUCUUUAAAAUGGGCCAUAAAAAUGCACCCAGUGUCAAUGGCAAGAGGUUGGUCAAGGCCUUCUACUACUCCAAUGGCCAAAGAUUGAGCCUACCAUACAAGGACAACCACCAACCCCUUGGCCACAGCCUCAGCGAAGGAUGACAGACACAGUAGGGAGAUGAGGGGCCUAAGUGGCAGCAGACUUUCAAUUUUGGGGCGAUUCUUGCAGCACAAAGGAAACUAUCUAAAACUAGGUUAAAACUGACAUACACUGAUAGAGCUGCACCCACCAUACAGAUGCAGCUGCCAUCCUGUUGGCAACAGCUUUUUUGGAGAACGAUGGAUACAAUAAGGAGAAGAGAUGCCCAACCGACACUAAGCAUGCACUUUGUUUGAACCCUUUUUUCUGAAAAGUCUCUUGAACACUUACCAAAUGUGUACAACAUGGAUUUCCUACUUAGGAGCCUUGAGAACCUUUUGCAGUCAUCUCUUUUUCCAGAAUACUGCAAUUUCUCUUGCCAUUUCCCUCUUGCACUAAUUUGAUUGCAUUAUUAAAUAAAAAAAAUUGGCAUUUUUCUUAUACAACAUAGAACAAAACAGCUCAAACAUGACAUAAAUAAAAUUAGUGUGUAAGAAUAAUAAACAUAAGUAAGAUUAAUGGAUAUUAAAUCCAUACCCAACACUCAAAGUUGAUCUGAUCAAUGCCAAAGGAGGAAUUUGUUAAAAUAUCAUGCAUUGAAAUGGCGCCAAAAUUGGACAUUAAAUUCAAAAUGGUCAAAUUCCUGUUGGGUUUAGGAUAUGGCUCCCAGAGGCUUUGCACUGCAUGUUCAGUCUUCUUAUAAUUUUAAUAUAUUAUUUCAGAGUUGUUUGGGUUUUUUUGCUGUGCUUUUUACAUAUGGUUUGUUGUCUCAAUGCAAGAAAGUUGAUCAAAAAAUAUCAAAAAAUAUGAAGUAAAUCAAGUAAAAAACAGACAAACUCAAUCCAAUGUAAUUAACAAAUCGACAAUAAAUGUACAUUGUAAUGACCCCUCACGCCAGCUUAAAUCCUGAGGGCAGUCUGUAAGAUGGGCCAAACAAGUGUACACAAGUGGUGUCGAGUAUGGGUGGGUGUCAAAUCCAAUCAGACAUCAUUCAAUGAAGUCGGAUCUAUAAAGCAGAUAAAGUAACAGAUUGAAACAAAA